UGGCGCGCGCGUCGAUAAUGCCGGCUGAACACGUUCGAAUUUAAAAGUUGUAGCGCUAUCACUAGUGACGGCAAAACUAAUAUAAAUAUACAUUUUGACAUGAUAUGAAAUAGAAUUAUGACCUAAGAUGUGAGAUAAAUGGCUGGUAAUUUGGUCUAAUACGAUUACUGCAAUUAUAACACUUAAUUCUAAUUUACUGGCUGCUAUUAAGUGAUAAACACGCGUUUAUGAGUGAUUACCUAAGAAUAAAAAACAUAUUUCAAGUCAAAAUAUACUAAAAGAAAUAUCAGUGAUUUGUGACCAAAAUACUUUACAAAAAUGUCUAACGUGCCAUUGGUUCGUAAGGCGAUCGCUGGUGCUGCCAGACACUCGUCGAUCCCUACGAACGAGAAUAACCCCUUGGUCCUGCAACCUGCGCAGGAGAGCCAAUGGACCCCGGCGGCCUUGGAAAGGGCUGGGUCUACUCUGAAGGCUCUCAAUCGAAUGGCCAAACGCCCUCCUGUACAUAUACUGUUUGAAGAUAUCAACUAUACUGUGAGCUCACACAAAGGGGACAACACUAUUCUGCACAACGUCUCAGGAGAGUUUCGGUCGGGUGAGCUGACAUGCAUUCUCGGACCUUCGGGCGCUGGCAAAUCCUCCUUGAUGAACAUACUGGCAGGCUAUGCUUCAAACAACGUGAGCGGGCGAGUGACAGUGAACGGGCACGCGCGCGACAUGCACGUGUUCAAGAAGCUGUGCUGCUACAUCAUGCAAGACGACAUGCUGCAGCCGCGGCUCACCGUCAUCGAGGCCAUGAGGAUCGCGGCCGACCUCAAACUGGGCAAGGAGCUGGGCCGCGCUGAGAAACAUCUUAUCGUAUCAGAAAUUUUGCAGACCCUUGGUCUCUGGGACCACCGGGACACGAGGUCCGAGUGCCUGUCUGGAGGACAGUCCAAGCGGCUCUCUGUUGCUUUAGAACUUGUCAACAACCCACCUAUCAUAUUUUUGGAUGAGCCUACCACGGGCCUGGAUGUUGUGUCGAUCCGACAACUAGUGGUGCUGCUGCGCCUACUCUCGCGACAGGGACGCACGAUCAUCUGCACCAUACACCAGCCUUCUGCUUCACUGUUCGCGCUCUUCGAUCGAGUAUACGUGCUGGCUAGAGGCAUGUGCUGUUACCAAGGCGCGGCGCCCCUACUGGUCCCGUUCCUGGCCGAGGUGGGCUACAUCUGCCCGACCACGCACAACCCGGCGGACUUCGUGAUCGAGACGCUCGUCAUCGAUGUGGAGGCGCCCGCGCAGCUCUCCGAGCUCUGCCAGAAUGGGAAGCUGUGUCGGAAGCUGGACCGGAUCACUGCCAGAGGAGGACGGAGACCUGUUCUGCACUCUGACGAAUCAAUACAACGGAUAUUCGUAGAGCACGUCGCCAAGGAGCUGGAGCAGAAGAUGGAGUUCCCCACCACCUUCCUUACGCAGUUCUUCAUUCUGACCAAGAGGAUGUUUGUGCAGAACAAACGGAACGCAACAGGGCUCUGGAUCCAGCUGUUCCACCACGUGCUGUCAGCAUUGCUGAUUGGCUGCAUAUUCUUCCUCGUAGGCAAUGACGGCAACUCACCCAUCAUCAACUUUAAGUUUUGCCUCUGCAGCCUCGUGUUCUUUAUGUACACCUACAUUAUGAUACCUGUGCUUAUAUUCCCCACCGAAGUGCGAAUGCUACGUAGAGAGUACUUCAAUCGCUGGUACAGCCUUAAAGCGUACUACGCGGCGCUUACAUUCGCCUCCCUGCCUGCCAUGGUAAUAUUUGGCCUACUAUUCAUCGGCAUCUCGUACAUAAUGUCUGGGCAAUUGCUAGAAUGGGACAGAUUCUGCCUUUUCUCUCUCAUCGGCAUUUUGACUGGAGUCUGCUCCGAAGGACUUGGACUACUUAUUGGUGCUGCCUUUAGUGCUACAAAUGGUUCCAUAGUAGGUCCAGCCACCGCAGCCCCGCUUCUAGCGCUCUGCUCCUACGGGAUGGGCUUCGGCCCCAAAAUAGAACUUAUCAUGAAGGUCCUCAUGGCUGUCUCCUACCUUCGCUACACCGUCACAGGAUUCACUUUAUCCUUAUACCAGCACAGAGCUCCUUUGGACUGCGACGAUGUAUUCUGUUUAUACGCUGAUCCUAAAUUGUUAUUGAGAGACUUGGGAAUGAUUGAUGAUAAUUACUAUUUCCAAAUCCUGGGGCUGUUUGCAUUUACCGUGUUGCAUAGGGUACUGGCGUACUACGCUCUGAGGUACCGAUUGACCGUAGAGUUUUCUAAUAAAUACGUAGCUUAUGUAAGUAAACUACUCAAACAUAAGUAGGUAAUUUCAAUUAGCUGAAAUUGUGUUGGGUUGCAAUGGCAUAUAUUUUAAUGAGGUGCGGUGUCAUAAAAAAAAAACCUCGGUGACAAUAUAGGGGAGCGUGGGGGUAUGAGAGCCUUCUAAGGAUGUUUGAUAAAUAAUACAAACAGAUAUAGUAUGAAUUUUCUGAGAUGAACGUUUCGCUUUUGCCGUAAUCUGUUAAACAAAGGCCUUUGUUUCUAUUAUUCACUGCGGCUAGCUCCCGUUUCCACAGC